AUGGAUGAGUAUCCAUACAGGGCGUUUGUCAGGGGCGAAUGGUCCGACCAUCGCAAAGUGAUUCGGCAAAAACUUCAGGUGUAUUUUCUAAGUAAGAAGAAAUCAGGUGGGGGUGACUGUGUUGUAGAAUGUGAGGGAAACACUGCUACCAUUGGCUUCAAGCAAAAGGAGGUCCUUGAUCGGGUUCUACAUGGCGCCUCCCAUGAAAUCAUCAUUGACAAAAUGCCAAUUCAACUUUUUGUCACAAAGGAGAGCAAAAAAGUAAAUGAAAAGGAGUCUCAGUCCCAGUUCCAAGAUCAGCAUGAGACCAUCAGUGCAUCCGCUUCCGCACAGGAAGAGAGAACUGAUGAUGACUAUCAGCCCAAAGUUGUUGUUGUGGAGAACAUAACAGAGAAAACGACCAGAGAAAUUCUUGGCCUGAUAGUGGAGGUCGUCAGUGGCGUUGCUGAGGAAGACUACACUAUGGAACUGAUCUAUGAAGCAUGUGUUGCUGUGGUUACAUUCACGAACAGCGAUGACGCAAAGAAAUUUCAGGCAGAGGCUAAGCACAACAAGAGGUUUCAGGACCACAGAUUAUCCUCCCGGUUCCUGGACAGAACCUGCUGUUUGAGGAUAGAAGACCUGCCACCUCAAGUUGACGAUGAACUGCUGAGUCUCUACUGUGAGAAGAUGAAAGUUGGUGUGCAAUGUGUUAACAUGAUACCUGAAGAGAAUGCUGCCAUCAUCACAUUCCAAAAGCCUCAAGAUGUGGAGACCAUGUUAAGCAAACAGCAUAAGUUGUGCAAAGUUGAAGUCCAUGUACAUCCCUUCCAUCAGUCUCUCGGCACUUCACUGUAUGGUAAAGACCGUCCAAGGUUCAAGAUUCCAGAUUCUUUCACUGAAGCCAUCAACCCAGCCCUGCUUGAGUUUCUCCUGAAGAAGAAUGAGAUUUCUUAUAUCAAUGAUCAGAUGCAGUCACACUUCUGCCAGGUGAGCAUUCAGGACUCCACCGUCAUCCUCAGCCCCCUCCCCACCCUGCUGAAGAAGAAGGGCAUCACAGGCAAACGCAUAGAUGACUGGAAGGAAAAUGCAUCAACUGCAUUCCAUAACACACUGUCCAAAUAUACCACCCUCGAGAUGUCAAUAAAUGUAGAUGUUUGUGGUCCAGUAACAAAACAGUUGCAUUCAGAGUUACAUGACGACAAUGGUGUCCUACAGAUGGACUCUUUGAAAGGGCAGAUGACAUUAGCGGGGAUGGCAAUAGACAUUGAGAAUCUGAGGCCAAUUGUGAGCAGAAUUGUAAAGGAAGAAACAUGCCGUGUUGAGAGAGAGAAAAACAGCAUUGCUGGGGAAAUGGAUCUGCACCCUACCAUCUUCAAACUCUUGCAGUUCGCUGGACUUUCACAGCACAUCACAAACUCCAGCCCACACAUAUCCCAUACAUAUGAAUCUGAAAAGAAGAAACUAGUCCUCUCUGGAUUGGAAUCAGAGAUCCUUUCAGUAAAAACCUGGAUUCUUGAAAAAAAAGCAGAAAUGAUAGAAAGGAAAGUGGAUCUAGAUAAUCAUAUUGUAGAUUUCCUGAGGGGGUUAGACAGUGCAUUGAUGUCAGAGCAUCUCUUCCUCUCUCAUGGAAUCCAUGCCAUUUAUGUGAUAAGGGAUGGAGCUGUGGUUCUUACUGCAAACAAAGAAACAUCUAUCAAAGAGUCUGUUGAGAAAAUGGAAAAGGUCCUUGCUUUUACGGUCCUUACCGUGGAAGACCAGGAGGUACUCAGAAAAUCAGAAUGGGGUGCUCUGAAAGCAGAACUCCUACGUAACCAUAACACAUCUGUUCAAAUCCCAGUGUUGGCAUUCAAUUCAAACCAUUCUGACCAUGUCAAUGUUGCUGGUUUUCUGGAACCUGUAAACAAAGCCAGUCUGGACCUUAAGAACUUCCUGCAAAACCAUUCAAGAGUUGAAGAUAUUGUCAAGGUGAGAUGCUGCGCAGCUGCAAGGUUCAUUGAAGACCUUAAGUCAGAUGAGUGGAAGAAAUUUGCAAAAGCCAGUGAGGUGAUGGUGACGUUUGUUCCGAAUAAGCCCCAAAUCAGCCUAUCAGGGGAGCGCAUUUCUGUUAAUUUUGCUGUUGAUGGAUUUAAGAAGAUGGCGAACAGCUUAUGCACAGACGAAUUCAAAAUAUCUAAGCCUGGUGCAAUGAAGUACGUACAGGAACAAAGCAAACGGUUCCUAUCAACAAUAUCAAGGGAUCACAGCGUUGUAGUUCUGCUUCAGGAUAACGGCAUGCUGGAAGAUGUAGAUGAUGAGGAAGAUGAAAGAAGAGAUCGGAAAAUCUCAAGUUCUGGUACCUGUGAAGUGCAAAUGCCUUGUGGGGUCCUCAUUGCCGUUGGCAAAUCAGACAUCUGCAAGUUCCAGGCAGAUGCUGUUGUGAAUGCUGCCAAUGAAAAUCUGAAGCACAUUGGAGGUUUGGCAUUGGCUCUUCUAAAUGCUGCUGGCCAGCAGCUCCAGAUUGACUGUGACCGAUACACCUCCAGACAUGGACCACUAAGAGUAGGAGAAGCCAUCAUUACAGAGAGUGGGAGUUUGCCCUGCAAGCACGUUGUCCAUGCGGUUGGUCCAAAGUUUUCCGAUACUGACAGACAGACCGCAGUGCAGCAUUUAAAAAGGGCUAUCACUUCAAGCCUGGACAAAGCCUCUGGAGCACAUUGCACUUCCAUCGCAAUCCCAGCCAUCAGCUCUGGAAUUUUUGGCUUCCCGCUUGAUAUUUGUGCAGACACCAUUGUUAGUGCUGUGCAUGACUAUUUUGAAACAGGUCCUGGUCAAAACAGGACCUCCCUCAAAAAGAUCUCCCUAGUAAACAAUGAUGAAAAGACUGUGAAAGCGAUGACUGAAGCUGUUGAGACUCUAUUUUGUGAUACAAAUCCAAGGUCUGAAUCUUCAGAACAGGCUCUCCCCAAAAAACGUGUACUGAGUGACAACUGGAGGGGCAGUCAUGAUGAAGAGUAUCAGAUGGAAAGAUCUGCAGGAGCAAUUGAAAGGAAGAAUAAACAACCCAAUGAAGACAAAUCUCCCAAAGAGGAAGACAGACCAUGGCAGAGCCCAUUCACACAGUCCCAGUCACAAUGGGGAGGGCACUCACAACAAGACAUGCAUGGAGUCCUGAACAGAAGGCAGACACCCGAGGGUAUCACAAUAGUCCUGAAGGAGGGGAACAUCCAAGAUGCUUAUACAGAUGUUGUGGUGAACACCGUUGCAGACAACAUGAACCUAAGCCAAGGAGCCGUCUCUAAAGCACUACUGCAGGCGGCUGGACCGAAGCUCCAGUCAGCAGCCAAUGACCAGGUCAGAGGAGGUCGUGUGAUGCCUGGCGAGAUGGUGGUGACUGAUGGAUUUGAGCUGAGAUGCGGGAAAGUCUUUCACACGGUGUGCCCAAGGUGGGACCACACAGGCGGCACAUCUGAAAAGGUGUUACAGAAAAUUGUUAAAGAUUGCCUGCAAGAGGUAGACCAGCAGCAACUCACCUCAAUUACAUUUCCCGCCAUUGGCACUGGGAAUCUUGGGUUUCCCAAAGACCUGGUGCCAAAGAUCAUGUUGGAGGAAACAGAAACGUUCUGCCGUAGCACUCAUCCUCAACACCUAAAGAAAGUGGUCAUCAUAGUACAUCCAUCAGACAAGGACAGUGUUGCCUGCUUUAAGAGGAUGUUCAAAGGAUCAAGACAAGAGGGGGGAAAAGAUACACCCCAUAAUAUCGAGAUAAUCGAACAUGGUGACUCACACAAACCAAAACUACAGAAAUCAUCAGGAUUUUGGGGUCAAGUCCAGAAAGUGUCUUUGGGGAAAUACACUGUUCGCAUUGGUCACCUGACUCUGGAGCUGUCAUCUGGUGACAUCACCAAAGAGACUACUGACGUCAUUGUCAAUUCUUCCAACCAAACAUUUUCCCACAAUUUAGGAGUAUCCAAGGCCAUCCUUGAUGCUGCUGGACCAGCCGUAGAGGCAGAAUGUUCAGAGAUUGUGAACGCACCCCAUUACCAAGACAGUGGAAUGAUCCUGACAUCCUCCGGCAAACUUCCAUGUAAACACAUUGCGCAUGUCCAUAUUACCAGAGAAGAUGACAUCAAAGAAGGUGUCGAAAAUGUCCUUACAUCUUGCGAACAGAAUCAAUGUUCCUCCAUCUCCUUUCCUGCUCUGGGCACAGGUCAACUUGGAACCAAUGUAUCCACAGUGGCGCAUGCAAUGAUUGAAGCCAUUGUUAGGUUCACCAAGAAGACCAAAAGUCAACAUAUCAAACUUGUGAAGAUUCUCAUCUUCCAGCCCAACAUGCUUUCAGAGUUUCACCAGAGCCUGAUGGCACAGCAAGCAAAAGGAAGUGGAGAUGACAAGACUAUCUGGGGAAGAGUUAAAGGUGUUGUUAAAAACUUGUUUUCAAAUCCUGGACCUGAAGAAGUGCAAUAUGCUGAAGAGGAAUUUGUCAUAUUGGAAGAGAAGUUUCCUCCUGUCAUAUUCCAGCUCUGUGGCCAGACCUCCCAGAAUCUCAAAGAAGCCAAAGAUGACAUCAACAGGUUGAUCAUGAAAGAACUGUUUUUCACAGAAGUGACUGAUUCGCAGAUCAGCCGCUUCACUCCAGAGGAUGCAAAUACACUUCAGACUCUACAGAGGGAGCUGACCGUCAGCAUCAGGCUGGACAAGACAGGCUAUGAGCCAGUUAUCCAGCUGGAGGGUCUACACCAUGACGUGGUUCAUGUGAAGGAAAAAAUCAGAGAUAUGAUUAGGAAGGUGGACAGGAAGGACAAAGCCUUCAUAUUUAGCACCGUUGUAGAGUGGCAGUAUCUGGAUGGCAAACAAGUUGUGUCUUUUGGCAUGGAUGAGAACAUGAAACUAGAAAAAGCUUUCCUGCAGAAACAAAAAACUCCAGUGAAAGUCCAGAUUGGCAAACGUGAAUAUGAAGCAAACUUGGAAAGCAGAAUAGCUUCAAGACUUGGAGGCCGUGAUAUUGAGCUGACUCGAGUUGAUAAAAAAGAUCAGUCAUCAGCGAAGUUACCCAGUCAUUGGUGUGACAUGAAGGACAAGCAUCUUGUUCAGGUGUCCGUUCCUACAAACAGCCCAGAAUAUAGUGAGAUUGAGAGUGAGUUCAGGAAAACUGACUUAACCUCAACAAUCAUCCAGAUUGAUAGAGUGCAAAAUAGCUCACUGUGGAAGAGCUACAUGAUUAAGAAAGAGGAAUUGGACCAGAAGAACAAUCACACAAACAACGAGAAGAGGCUUUUCCAUGGCACAGCGGCUGAUUCCAUAGACAAAAUCAACAAUAGUGGGUUUAACCGCAGCUAUGCUGGAAGUCAAGUUGGUGCAAUAUAUGGAAAUGGGACCUAUUUUGCUGUGGACGCGCAGUACUCAGCCGGUCAGCAGUAUUCCAAACCUGAUGCCAAAGGACACCAGCGCAUGUAUUUGGCUAGGGUUCUGGUGGGAGACUACACUAAAGGAGCACCUGGCAUGAUAAGUCCUCCAGCCAAGACUACAGGAAAUACUGCUGACACAUACGACAGUGUCACAGACGAUGACACCAACAACCCCACCAUGUUUGUAGUUUUUAAUGAUGUCCAGGCCUACCCUGAGUACAUUAUCACCUUUCAGUGAGAAUCACAUAGUGGUACUGUAUGCAUUACACCAUUCCAUCCAAAAGUAUAAAAUAGUAUCAAAGGGAAAUUUAUGUUAUG